AUGGGCGUCAUCGGCAAUGUCCUCUACUAUACCUUUCACCCAUUUGAGUUGAGGGCGAUUCUUCAAUGGAAAGUCUGGCACAACCCGCCCCAUGAGCGGAAUGUGAACGAUGAGACCGAGACGCAGAAGAUCUGUUUCAAGUUCCUGGAUCAAACCAGUCGGAGUUUCAGCGCCGUGAUCAAGGAGCUACAUCCCGAACUGCUGCUCCCGGUGUGUGUGUUCUACCUGGUGCUUCGGGGUCUGGAUACCAUUGAAGAUGACACCUCAAUUCCUCUGGAGACCAAGGAACCUCUCCUCCGGAAUUUUAAAGAUAUCCUGACGAAAGAUGGCUGGACCUUUGAUGGGAAUCGGCCGGAGGAGAAGGAUCGUGAGCUGCUGGUUCAGUUUCACAAUGUGAUCACCGAGUUCAAGAAUAUGAAGCCGGCCUACCAAGCUAUCAUCAAGGAUAUCACCGAUAAAAUGGGGAACGGUAUGGCCGACUACUGCCGCAAGGCCGCGCUAGAUGACGCUAGCGUGAAGACCGUGGAGGAAUACGACCUGUACUGCUACUACGUGGCGGGCCUAGUCGGCGAGGGUCUGACCCGCUUGUUCGUCGAGGCGGAGUUCGGCAACCCUGCUCUGCUGAAGCGCCCGCAGCUGCAUAAAUCAAUGGGUCUCUUCCUGCAGAAGACUAAUAUCAUCCGUGACAUUCGCGAGGACUUUGACGACAACCGACGCUUCUGGCCCAAGGAGAUCUGGUCUAACCACGUCGACCAAUUUGAGGAUCUGUUCAAGCCGGAGAACCGCGAGGCCGCCCUGAACUGCAGCUCUGAGAUGAUUCUUAAUGCCUUGGAACAUGCGGAGGAGUGUCUGUUCUACCUUGCUGGCCUGCGGGAGCAGAGCGUCUUCAACUUUUGCGCCAUCCCGCAAUCGAUGGCUAUUGCCACUAUGGAACUGUGUUUCCGAAACCCAGCCCUCUUCGAACGAAAUAUCAAGAUCACCAAGGGGGAAGCUUGCAACCUCAUGACCCAGUCAACGCAGAACCUCCGAGUUUUGUGCGACACCUUCCGGAUCUACACGCGCAAGAUUCACCAGAAGAACACCCCCAAGGACCCCAAUUUCCUGAAGAUCAGCAUUGUGUGCGGCAAGGUGAGUUUGAGCUAUCUAAAGGUGCUGACAGGGGUACUAAUGUAUAUGCUGCAGAUUGAGAAGUUCAUUGAGAGCAUAUUCCCAUCCCAGAAUGCGGAUGAGGUCAAGCGCCGGUUGAAGGGUGAACUGACCAAGGAAGAGCAGGAGAGGAAGCAGGAGAAUGAAGAAUCCAAGCAGGACGUCUAUUUCAUGAUGGCCCUGAUGGGUGCCGUCAUCUUUUUCGUUGCUUUUUCGAUGAUGUUCGUGGCCUGGCUGAUGGGUGCGCGCUUCGAUCUAGCCUGGCAGGAGCUCAAGGGCGGUAUACGGUUCUCCGAACCGGAGGCUGUCCACUCCGAACUUUGA